AUGGGCCACGAGGAGCAGCUAAGUCCGGAGCAAAUCGAUCCAAAGAUUUCCGCCUUGCGUGGAGCCCUGAAGCGCACCUGGUGUGAUUUCUGUGCGACGAGCAGCAUACAUGGCUUAAAGUACACACGUGAUAAAGACACCAAUCGUGUGGUGCACCUCAUGUGGAAACUCAUCUCAGUCGUGAUGUUCAUUUGCGCCAUUGUCAUGACGCAUACCUUCUAUGCGGACUAUCGCAGCAGUCCGACUCGCAUGAAUGUGGAGAACGAUCACACGCCCGUCAGCAAGCUCUACUUUCCGCCAAUAACCAUCUGUCCCGAGGUAUUGUUCAACAUGGACAAGUCCAAGGCGUACAUCGAGUCGCUGAAGCUGCCGCAGGGUGUGCGAGCGUCGGACGUAUUGGAGCACCUUCACAUCUUUAGCGGUUUCAUGCUGGACGAUGCUCGCUUUUCUGCGACGGAGAUUGAGCUAAUGGAGUCCGUGCUGCUGCAGAAUAAUUUGAGCAUGGUUCAGUUCGUGGAACAACUGCGCUGGGACUGCCACGAGAUAUUGCAUCGUUGCCGCUAUCAUGGAGACAUUAUGAACUGCACGCGUUUGUUUCAGCUAUCGAAAACGUUCUUUGGACACUGUUGCUCCUUUAACCUGCGACAGGACGGGCUCAAUUUCACUGCCCAAGCGGCCGCUGGGGGUCUGGACAAUGGCCUAUCCUUAAUCCUGCGCUACAAGGACGAAAACUACGAUGCCCUGAAAUCCUAUUCGCUUGGUUUCAAGCUGCUGAUCCAGGAGACGGACGCCUUUCCCAGCGCCCAUGCCGAUUGCAAAUUUCUGGGCCUCAACACCGAAUCAUUUGCCACGCUGCGCGUCGUGGAGACAUUUUGCUCCGAUGCUGUCAAGGCUCUACCCAUAGCGCAGAGAAAUUGCAUCUUCAGACAUGAGUUUGAGCUGCGCUACUUCCCCAACUAUGUCUAUCCCAACUGUGAGCUCAACUGUCGAGUCAACAACAUGGACAGGCUGUGCGGCUGCCACACAUAUUUCUUCGAGUUCAACCGCACCAAGGACCGGGUAUGCACAUUUCGGGACAUACCCUGCCUGGUCGAUAAUUUUCCCGACAUCAUAACACGCAAGAAGAAAACGCAGUGUCCGUGCCCUUUGACCUGUGAGCACUUUGACUACGAUGUGCAAAUCUCAAACUUUGAACUUAUGCUCAAUAUGCCUGUUGUGGAUCCCUUCUACACGGGAAUCGAGAAAAAUGAUGCUAUUAUUCAUAUAUUCCUCAACUCUCAGGUCUAUCGACGUGUGCGCGUCGACUUGCUAUCAAAUAUGGUCACCCUAGUCUCUAAUCUGGGCAGUGCUUUUAGUUUGUUUGUGGGCAUGAGCAUGUUGUCUUUGGUGGAGAUUAUUUACUACUUCACAGUUAUACUGCGCAAGAACUAUAUUCAGGAAUGUCAUGCACGUCAGAAGUUACAAAGCUGGCACAAGCGUCCAAACUUUGCCUGGCCACCUCACAAAAAUAACAUUCAGCAGAAAUCUGUUUUUUAUAUCUCAGGUCGUAACUAA